CAGAUUCUAGGAAAAUCUGAAAACCUCAAAGUUGUUUGUCAAUGUCAAAUCUUUAGAAUUAAAACAAAAUAUUAGAAAAAUGUUACAUUAAAUCGUUUUUGCUAUCAAUCGAAGCAGUUUUUACGAUAUAUUGCAAUGAAUUAUAGAGGCUUAAUUGUUUGGCUAUUAGCAAAUAUUUGCGGUGAAUCCGCCUGUGGAAGUAACUACGAACCGGACACCAGUAUUUACAAAACGGUUCAAAGGAGCGCUUCCUCCAGUGAUUUAUAUUUAUCUAGCGAUGGUAACACAGGAAGGGAGCACAAUUCAGAUAACUGUAGGGCAAACGAUCUCUCUUGUUUUACAGCAAAAGAUAAACUUGAUCUAGAAGCAAUCCGUGCCUUGCACAAACAGUUAGAUGAUGAUAAAGAUGGAAGCAUUGAUUAUGCAGAAUCUGAUGAUUUUUUAAAAGAGGAACUGAAAUAUAAUUCUGGAACGGAGAAGCGUCAGAGAGCAUUUCAUAGAAAUAAUGAUAUGCAUAUUUCGUUUGAAGAACUAUGGGAGGCAUGGCUAAAAUCAGAGGUACAUAACUGGACUGUCGAACAAACAACAGAUUGGCUUAAACGCAAUGUAGAUUUGCCUCAAUAUGUCCCUAAUUUUGAGUCGCACAAAGUUACGGGGGCUAAUUUACCAAGACUGGCCAUCAACAAUGACAAUUUCCUCGGCCUGCUGGGCAUCAAAGAUCCAAUUCAUAAACACAAAAUCUCUCUCAAGGCCAUGGACGUGGUACUAUUCGGACCACCUAAAGAUGAGAUAACAUGGAAAGACAUCACCCUCAUCAUGUCGGCCAUCGUGGUGCUGCUGGGCAGCUGGCUUGCCUACCAGCAAAAUAAGAAGUUCAAGAGCCACCUGAACCGCAUGAACCAGGACAUGGACAGUCUCCAGAACUCGGAACAGGCGCUGGAGAAGAUGCAGAAACAGCUGGAGGAGGCGAAACAAGCGGAGAAGUCGGCCAUAUUCGAGAAGCAGAACUUGGAGAAGAUGUUGCAGGAUUCUAAGGGCGAUUUUUCGAGUUUGACCAGUUCCUAUUCGGAAUCGGACGUGAAUCAGUACAAGGAAGAGAUAAAGGCUUUGAAAGCACAGCUUGAAUUAACACAGGAAGCAUACAAAAAUUCAUGUUUUUUGCCAAACGGUCUUCAACAAUGGCUCCAACUCACUUAUGAAUACGAACAGAAAAGUUACGACAGGAAGAAAAUAGCAGCAGAAAAACAGCUUCAGCAAGCCAGAGAAGCGUGCGAAAAGCUCAGAAAGAAGCGGUCAAGCCUGAUCGGAGCCUUUGUAUCUACCCACGGCAAGGCUAUUGACGACGUGGACCGGGCCAUCGUAGAAGCUCGCAGCGCCCUCAACGAAGUCACCUACGAACUACAGGAGAGAUCGCACAGAUGGCGCCAGAUUGAGAACUUGUGCGGUUUUCCCAUAAUGGUGAACACUGGCCUGCAGACGUUGGAGAACAUGCUGUACACGAAGAAGGACAGGUUCAACGGAUUUGCCAGUAACGUGGGACGGAUGAAUAGCGUUGACGAUCUGGAUGUAAACGACGACUCAGGUUCAGUAUAUGGAUUAGGGUCUUUUACUGAAAAUAACCACCAUCAUCAUGUGUCAACGUCUUGGCGGGAAGAGGAAUCUUCGGGAAGCGAGAAUGGAAAACAGGAUGAGAACGCUAACGAGUCCAGGCCUGUGGGUGCCAGUACUGUGACGUUUCAGAUAGGCGGAGGUUCGUGUCCGGAGGACCUUGUUCUAAAACCCAUCCAAACAAUCGCCAACUCCAACCACGGAAAAUCGGCCAGUCAAUCGAACAUCAACGUGAAACCGCCGGCCCCCAAGAUCACCUCCAGGGCAUUCUCCCAGGACAUCCAUCACGUGGAGGAGCCCCCAAUCAAAACCAAAGUCUACUCCUCCUCCGAUGGUUUUUUCGAGGGUCCCAAAACGACUUCAGCCCCUCGUUUACAAGCCCAAGCCAUACAGGAGACGGCUGUGCCGCCCAAAAAGGCCGUGUCUAUCGAAGACGACAUAUGUUCGACAGAUUCGUCGGUGAUAGAAGAGGUAGAGGGUAAAAAGAAAAAAAGGAAAUUGUUCAAUUUUGCGAAAAAGAGUCACAAGAAGGACAAGUCUUCUUCGUGAACCAGCGGGUAAUUUUAUUCUUAGUUUGUAUAUGUAAAUUUAUAAUAAUACUUGAAGUCUGGUACUGUUUUUUGUAUCUUUUUUUAAUCGUAUAUUUAUAUACACUUCGUUUUUUCUAAAUACAAAUUUUGCGCUGUUUUUUAAUUUGGUGUUUAUUUUUUUUUUAAUUUGGAGAUAUUUUCGGAGUAAUAAAACAAAAAAGAGAUGUAUUUUGUGAUAAAUGUUUGUUUGUUGUAUCUUUUAUAUACCAUGUGUUACAGAGUUUAUUAGAAUUUUGUUUUAAAAAUAUAUAUAUCUACUGGGUGUUUCUCAAAGGUGGGUUACCCAUUAAAGUUU